AUGAAGAAGAGGACUGUAUCAUUCCAAAAGAAAUUUGAUGGUCAGGAAUUUGAUGAUGUUGGUGUUGUUGUAACUGAUGAUGAUGAUGAUGAUGAUGAUGAUGAUGAGGAGGAGGAGGAGGAGGAGGAGGAGGAGGAGGGUGACGGUGUUGAGGUGGUGGGAGUGGUUCGAAUUGAUAGCUCCGGAAAACCCCAUCAAUCGCAAAACCGCCUUCUUUGUCUUCCACUUGAAAUCAUUUCCUUCUUCCACGGUAAAAGGGGGAGGCGGUUAUAG